UCACUAUUAAAUUUCUUCUUAGAUCUUUUAGCUUUUAGUACCACCAACCCCUUGACAGUAACAGCAAACUCAUCACUAUAUAUUAUCCCCAAAUCCACAUACAGUUGUUUGAUUGGUCCCCCAGAAAAUGCGAUUCACUGAUUAAACGAUGUUCUUUCUCCUUAACUAAGGAGAGAAAUGGGACUCGAGCUUGAAUCUUCCUGUAAUCUGCACCUGGAUUAAGAGGCAACGUUUUCUACAUUUACCAGAAAAUUGACAUCGCGACUUGAACGCAUUUUUCGGAAUAGUGAAAAACUAGAAUUGAGACAUCGAACUGUUAAAUCAUUGGUUAGUUGGAUUAACAAUUAGCUUUGUAGAGCUUUCUAAAGAACACAAAAACAAGACAUGUUUUGUACCAUUCAUGCAACGUUUAAAGAAAUAAAGGAAAGAACAAAAGAUCUCCUGCUCUGGCUUUCUCUCUGUUACUUCCAUCCCCAAAAUGCAUACAGCAUUAGUUCUGUCUCUUUCAACCCCACUUCUCAAACCACAGAAAUCUCUUUAUGCAAAUUCCAAACCCAGACCAACUUCUUUUAGACCUCUCCAGAUUCAUUCCAGUUGCUACAAUGGCAUUCCGUGUAGAAAUGCCUAUUUGCAUUCAUAUCGAUGCUUCAAGACCCAAGAUCCCACUUCAUUCUUCUGUUCAUAUUAUAAUAAUAAUCGUAGUUUCAAGGUCUAUGCUGCCUCGGUUCCUGAAAGCACAAGUCAGAAUGAAACAAGUGAUUUGGCUCGGAUUAUUCAGCUAGCUGCUAUGUUUGGAAUUUGGUAUCUUCUAAACAUCUACUACAACAUUUUUAAUAAACAGGUUCUUAAGGUAUAUCCAUUUCCAGCAACAGUUACUGCUUUCCAAUGUGGCUGUGGAACUUUGAUGAUUAUUAUAACGUGGGCAUUAAAUCUUUACCAUAAACCUAAGCUGACUCGUUCUCAGUUUACAGCAAUCCUGCCAUUGGCUGUAGCACACACCAUGGGCAACCUUUUGACUAAUAUUAGUCUAGGAAAAGUUGCUGUUUCAUUCACGCAUACAAUCAAAGCUAUGGAACCCUUCUUCACUGUCUUAUUUGCUUCCUUGUUUCUUGGCGAGAGGCCAUCUUUCUGGGUGCUUUCUUCCCUAGUACCAAUAGUAGGUGGAGUGGCAUUGGCAUCAUUCACUGAGUCCUCUUUUAAUUUGACUGGAUUCUGCAGUGCUAUGGCUUCCAAUGUAACUAACCAAUCUCGAAAUGUACUUAGCAAAAAGUUCAUGGUUAGCAAAGAGGAAGCUUUGGACAACGUCAAUCUGUUCUCAGUGAUAACCAUCAUUUCUUUUAUCCUGUUAGCUCCCACAGCUGUUGUGAUGGAAGGCAUCAAGUUCACUCCUUCAUAUCUCCAGUCUGCUGCAAACCAUGGUUUGAAUGUCAGAGAGCUAUGUGUAAGAGCUCUUAUAGCUGGUUUCUGCUUCCAUUCUUAUCAACAAGUCUCUUAUUUGAUACUACAGAUGGUAAAUCCAGUUUCUCAUGCAGUGGGAAAUAGUGUGAAGCGUGUGGUAGUGAUAGUCUCCUCUGUCAUCUUCUUCCAAAUACCUAUAUCACCUGUUAACUCACUUGGAACAGCAAUAGCUCUUGCUGGAGUAUUCUUAUAUUCAAGAGCAAAGAGGAAAACGCCACCACCAAUGCCAAAGGCUUCAUAAUGAAUUGUGCCAUAACAAAAUUGUUGUCUGAAUGUUUUUCUUCUUCUUUUUUUACCAUCAAAAAAAAGAAAGCAAAAUAUAUAUCAUACAUCGGUCUUCCUUUCA